AUGGAACAUACAAACAAGAACAAUAACGACGUUCACACGCAUACAUUGGACAAAAACAAAGAUUCCACUUGCCGCUCCGAAAACAAUCAAAACACAGACAAUAUAAAAGACAUUAACACGAACACAACCCCAACAACUGAAACAAUUCAAUUACCGUCUACCCCCGAACAGAAAUCUAAUAGUAUGCCUGCCACUCGAACAUCACCGCAUUCAUUGUCUGAACGUCCGUACCCCCGUCCGCACACUCCACCGGCACCAUCAAAGCCCGCAGUUCCCAGAUUCACGCGCAGUAGAGCAACAGCUAGUAACAUACCACAUACUUUUGAACGAUUAAAUAACUCAGGAAAAUCGGUACCACAAUCAACAACAAGAAACUUUGAAAGCAUAAACUGGAUAAAAGCAAUUGAAGAUUUACAGAAAAUCAUAGACAAAAACAUACGCAACCCCAACAAUAUAGAUCCAACCAACUUAUCAGAGUACGGCACAAACCCCAAUAUAGGAAACAUCCCACAUGAAGCAAUGUCAUCUCUGAAUAAUCAAUGGCUCUCACAAGCAGAUGAAUCACAUGAAUUCAACGAAUGGGCACAAGUAAACUAUACCAGUCUGUUGCAAUGGUCGCUCAACAAAUACUUAGAUGAACAAAACUCUCCCCGCUGGGAAGACGCAAUCCAAGAUCCACUCUUUGGCGAUCUAUGGCUGGAAGGCGGACAAGCCAAAAUGAAGAGACUAAUAGACGAUGAUGUAUUCAACACCAUACUACAAGCUGAAGUACCAAGAGGACACAAAAUUCUGGGAUUGCAAAACGUCACGAAGCUGAAGUUGAAUCAUGACGGAACUCCAAUCUUCAAAGUUCACACGGUCGUUCAAGGACACCAACAGGAACCUGGUAUAUCAUAUGACAACACUUUUUCCAACACCCCAGCUUUUGAAGCUUUUUGCAUAAUGAUUGCAGCAGCGGCCCACCAUGAUUUCGACGCACAUAUUAUAGACGUUACCGGAGCGUACACACACGCACCUAUUGAUCGACCACUCUACGUUGAGUUCCCAGAAGGUUUUGGCAAAAAGGGACCCUACGUUAUGCGCCUCAAGAAAGCUCUAUACGGCGCGCAUCAAUCAGGAUAUUUAUGGGAGCAAUAUUGCAACAACAAGAUCAAUUCACUUGGCUACACAAUCAAUCCUGCCAACAUAUCCGUAUUCACCCGAAACAAAGAUAAUAUAUUCACGAUGAUGAUAGCUUACGUAGACAAUUUCCUUAUAUGCUGUUCAAAAGGACAUAUCAACACAGUCAAAUCCGAAAUCAUGAAUCUAUUCAACUGUAAGGACUUAGGCAAAGCAAAACAGUUUGUUGGCAUCUCAAUUUCACGCAAUAGACCUAACAAGACAAUCACAUUAACAAACAAAAAAUACAUCAAGGAUAUUAUCAAGUUAGCUGGAAUGACCGGUGCACCGCAUGCAUUGUCACCAAUGUCUCAUACACACCCCGUUCUUGUACCCAAAGAAAAAGAAAAUCGAAACAGCACAUACCCAUACGCAGCAAACAUUGGUUGGUUACUAUGGAUUGCUCAAACUAUUUGA